CUGAUCUGCGUGGGACUAUGAUGUUCUAGCAAUGGACGUGCCAAUAGCGCAGCAUCAUAUUGUGCGGCCAGCAGAGGUUCUGCAGCCGGCUAUGAAAGUGGGAGCCUUCUCUGGUGGCGCUGGUAUUAUAGUUGGAGGUGCUGCAGGUAUUGUGCGGUCGUCAACGCCUGUUCUAUUUGCAACCGCUUCCGGCCUUCAAUGGUUUGCCGUGGGUAGCACUUUUUGGGCUACUCGAGGCAUUAUUCUCCAACGCCAUGGCCUCUUGAACUGGUUUGAGUCGAAACGAGGCGCUCCGCUUUCUACUGAUGAGUAUAUUCCCACAACACCAAAAGACCGUGUCACGGCCAGUGCGAUUGCAGGAGGGAUCACCGGAGGUUCUCUUGCAGCACUACUUCGCGGCCGUUCGAACAUUAUCCCAGCAACCCUAAUGUUCACCGUUUUCGGAUACGGAGGCCAGAGCAUCUACAACGCGCUCGACGCUCGCAAUACGCAUGAGCAGCAAGAAAAAUUACAACAUCCUAAACCACCAGAAGAAGGAAACAUCAUCCACAGAAUCGCGAAGUCGCGAUGGAGUCCUAUGAAGUUCCUCUCGGACGAAGAAUACGAGCACAUGCUUCAGGAGAAGCUUCUCAGCAUCGAGGCCGAGAUUGCGAUGAUUGACGAUACUAUCGAGAAGAUCAAGAAAGAGCGAGACCAGGAUUUGAGCGCGAGUUCGAAGGAGAAUAAUCAGUCCUGACCUGAGAGCGAUUACGGACUGAAAGGUGGGGCUUCGCUCGUAGGGCUCCGCGUAAGAUGAAGGGAGAGGCGCCGACAGUUCUAUAUCAGGACGGUGACCGUGGAAUCGACCCAGGCUACCAGAUUUGCACCAAGCCGAACGGUGAUCUCGACUACCUAGUUGAGAUGGAUGAGAACCGCAAACGCUAGCACAGCAAUUACUGUGGACCACCACGAUGAAAGGACUAGUCAAGAGAUCACCAAGCCCUGUUGAGGCCAGUAUAUCUACUGUAGAACUAUGUACAUUGAAGCAUAUUCAAGACAGCCCUCAUAGCCAAACACCAACUCUGCC